AUGGCUUCACUCAGACAGGAGCACCACUAUGGGCUCUCCUGCGGCAAAGCGAGCAAAAACUGCUCCAACAUCACUCUGUACCACGUCAAGCUCACGGACACGGCCAUCAGGGCGCUGGAGGCUUAUCAGAACCUCAAGGGAGUUUUACAAAAUGAGACGUCAAUCUGUUUCAAAGGAAACCAUGGGUACAUCAAGAUCCCAGCUCCAACCCCAGAGUUACCUUCUGCUCUGCGCAUCUUCUCCUUCUACUUAUCAAGUGACAGCAAAGACCAGCCACAGGCCAGCUUUGACUGCAUCCAUCAGUACAUCUCAAGCGACGGGCGCGAGCAGCUGGAGGGCCAGGGCAGCAUCCAGGACAAGAUCACCGUGUGCGCCACCGACGACUCCUACCAGAUGACCCGCGAGAGGAUGUCCCAGAUGGAGAAGGACAGCUGGAGCCGCUCAGCCAUCGAGAUCAAACCUGGAGCCACGCAUCCAAGUAAAUGCGUCAAGUACCAGAAGAGAUCCGCUCCGCCGCCGCCGCCUUCUGACGGUAGCUUCUACAAGCCGCCGGCCAACAACCGGAGGACCAGCAGCAUGCCCGCCCCCAUCCAGAUGCCCCUGAAGGAGCGCCUGAUCCACCUGCUGGCCCUCAAACCCUACAGGAAGCCAGAGCUUCUCCUGUGGCUGGAAAGAGAGCGAGCUGGAACGAAGGACAAGGCUGAGCUGUGCGCUGUGCUCGAGGAGGUGGCUAAGGUGAAUCCCAAAGACAGCAGCUAUCUGCUGAAGGAGGACUUCUACAAGCACGUGCAGAGGGACUGGGCAGGCUACAGCGAGGAGGAGAAGCAGCUGAUCCGCAGGCUGCUGGCCAGGAAACUUCAGCCCCAAAUCGGCAGUAAAUCAAGAAACAUCCAAGCGCACUUGUCGAUACCUGUGACUCCUGCGGAUCCAAGCACAGCCAAAACGUCAGCCGUGAAACGUCCCGUCCCUUUGGACUCACGGGAAAGACUGGCAGCGAAGAGACAAAAACUCACUGACCAAAGGUUACAACUCCAGUCCCCGGCAAAAGGACCAGUAAACAUUAAAGGAGCACCUGAUAACGCCGCUGUGACCUUCGACCCCAGUCUCAGCUCCAUCACUGAACCUCAGAGGACCAGUGGCAUUACCGGCGACCAGCGUGGCCUAGACGUGGCCCACGGCGGCUUUCCUUUUGUGCACAACCCGUCCGCUGGACACGUUUCUGAGGCCAGGGGGCAGGAUGCCAAAACGAACCCGCUCAAAACGCCGCAGGGCAACUCCACACAGCACGGCACACAGCAGCAGCCAAACAGCAACCAGCACAGGAAGAAGAAAUCUAAAAAGCACAAAGAAAAGGAGCGGGAGAGGUUGAAAGAUGACAAAGGAGCCGAGUGGCUAAAGUCGAGUCCUGAUCUCAAGCAGAAUCCUGACUACCUUGACAAUCCUGACGUCCCAAGUGCUGCGGCCUCUGAGGGGAAGCCGGAUUACGUGCUGGCAUACAGCCCCAUCACGAGUUUGGAGCAACGGCAGCAAUAUCAGGAGGAUUUCUGUACAGAGUACGACGAGUACAAAGACCUUCACUCCCGCAUCGCUGCCAUAACUCACAUGUUCGUUCAGCUGGGGUCCAAGAUGAAGACCCUGUCUCCUGGCACCCAGGAAUAUAAGACAAUGGAAGACCAAAUACUGGAAAAGUACAGCAAGUUUCAAAAGAAGUUUCCAGGCUACAGGGAAGAAAAGAAGCGCUGCGAGUAUCUCCACGAGAAACUGUCCUACAUCAAACAGCUCAUCAUCGACUAUGAUCUCUCUAAGGAGUCUUUAUAGCGUUUGCUUGAAUAUUUUUUAUUUUUUUUAAACUCUCAACUCUGCAUACCCAGCUUGAGUGUCAAUGCAUUUUUAACUGGCAUCUAAACCGUUUUGAAAGAGGACUUUUUUUUUUUUUUUUUUACACACACUUUCUCUAAAACCGCAGAUGGUACUGUGAGUUCUCAUAAAAGAUGGCUGAUUGUGUUUAAGUGUCUGAGCAGUCAAAAGGGCCGACUCGGAGUGAAAAGUCUCUGGAAAGGUAUUUGGUUGGAAUUUUUUCAAAGUAGUUUUGAUCUUAACUUUGCUUUUUUUUCCCCAACACUUGUUAAAUCAUUCCUUUUACAUUUCCUUAUGCAGUUUCUACUUUUCUUUUUUUUUUUUACAGCUUUCAUACUUUUAAAUAUAUCUACUUGUGCUGCAAGUAACAAAUGCUUUUAGAAAUGGCCUUGCCUAGGAUAAAUGGGAGAAGCCGCCCACAUGUGAACGUGAAAUUAAACCACUUCAUUUGUUGCCUCUGCAGUCUAGCCACGGAUUGUAAAAGGAUUUUGAUUGCUGUACUCGACAAAAAGGGGAAUUACAGUGUGUUGUGAAACUGAGCUCCAGAGCGCUUUUUCACAUUUUCUCGUGCUACAACUGCAAACCUUGACAUAUUGUAUCGGCAUCACACAGAACAGAGUGCAUCGUUUUGAGAUAGGAGGAAAAGGAUGCAUAGUGAGAAAAUCUUAAACCGAUAAAAAAACAGUGGCAUGAUCCUGCCACCAUCAUGUUUUAGGGUGGGUUAUGACCUGCCCGCUGUUUUCCUUGGUCUUCAUGACGCUGUUUGUUCUCUGAUGUUCUCUAGCAAACCUCUGAGGCCAGAAACAGAGCAGCUGCAUUCAGACUGAGGCUAGAUUACGUACAUGUGGACACAGUCGAGUGACUGUUUUGUUUAGGGGUAUGGGAGUAAAAAGCAAGCCGCACUUUUCAGAUUUCAAUUCUUUAAAGAUUUCAAAAACUACGUAUCCUUUUCAUUUCAGUCUGAAACUAUGGAUUAUGUUGCGCUGGUCUGAAUCCCAAUAAAAUACAUUGAGGUGUAUGGUUGCAAUGUUACAAAAUGGGAAAAAAGGUUUUAUUUGAGAAUAACUGCAAAGCUCUAUUUAGUAAAAAAAAUAUAUCUCGUAAAAGGACUUAGACCUGAGCUGGAGUUAUCUCUUUAGUUACAUUAAAACAACUACAUAUCACACUCUUGAUUUUUAAAGAGGACAGAAAAGGCUAAAUCGAUUCACUGUAACCGGCAUCUGUGUUGUCUCCGAAAUGCACUUGAGUUUAAAGUAUUUAUUAUUAACCACAUUCCCUGUCUUUUGAGCAUCUGGUAAAAUGGACCAAAAUGCUUAAACUAGCACAUCUGCUGAAGUAUUUUAACCGAUACCAGAAGAAACCCAAGCGUGUGUAUGUAUUCUGCAUUGAACUACUGAUGUAUUUAUUUUUAAGCUAUUUAUCUCUGUCCUGUGACAUCGGUCGUCUGAGCGUUUUGAAUCAAAGUGUUUGUAGCCACGCAGCCGGGGAAACGAUGUGGGAAAGAUGGAAAAGUAUCGUAUAGUUUCAUCUCUUUCUGUCCUUAGGUUCUCUUGCUUUUUAGUUGCCUUUAAAAGCGUCGGACUAUGAAUGAAUUAAAGAAGAAUAUAUGUCGCCGCUGCUUGAGCUGGGUUUCCGAGGAUUCGUCAACAGCGCCAAACAUGGAUUUUAGGUAGCAAAGGUAGAACUGAUUAAGGGGAACCCAGACAAGCAUCGUUUAUGGAUUUCAGAAUGAACCCUGCAAAGCACAUCUAUAGCCUUCUUUUGUUUAGCCGCAGUCGUUCACUAUUCUUGCACUUUUUUUUUAAACUGAAUAUCAUGUAGCUAGUGACAAAGAAGCCUUAAAGGGGGAAACAUUUGUACGUCUAAGUUUUCAGACUGCCAAUAUGAAGAAUAACAUUCAGGAUAGAUCAUCAUACACACACACACACACGUAUCGAUCUGCCUUAUCUUACCAGCAACACUUUAUUAGGCUUUAUUAGGUACUAACAAAAUGAUUAUUUCAUAAUCUUUAAGAGUUGACGAACGAAGAUGCUCCUUUUUUGCACUGAUAUAUCAUCUGGUACUCUCGAGUCCUCAUCAGUGAAGGAAAUGUUUAGCUGUUGAUCGUCAUGCAGCUGAUGAUCCCAUGUAAAACUAAGAAAGUGGAUGUUUCCUUUUUUUUGUUGUUCUUUGCUAAAUUUAUUUUUUUUCCUCAUAAAGGGUGGUCAUUUUUAAAAAGGAUUCAAUAUAAGUAUCUAAUAUUUAAAUAAGGACCAGAUUUAUUUGAUGUAUAUUGACAUUCAUGGAAACCAACAUUAUGUCUCAUUAAAGUGUUUUCAGGUCCACUGAUGAUUAUGAUGCGAUAUAUUUUGCUUGUUUAAAAUAAAGCUGCCAUUAUGAUUUAUUUUUUUCCCCCACCCACCCAUUCGGGAUGAGUGUUGAGCAUUUCCAGGGGACCAAGGUGUGCUGCACAGCUGCUGAAGGGAGAGCCUGUCUGAUGAGGAAUCAGAGCAAAGACUGUGUGCAUUCAAAACUGCAAUUUACUAUUGUUUACUUUCUCAUGUUCUGGUAUGAAAAAUAAAAUAAAAAUAAAAACUCAAGGCUCUAAUUCU